AUAUCUGCUGCUCCUGAUGGGCCGGACAGUCUGGGCCCAGCUCCCCCGAGAGGUGGUCGGAUCCUCUGGGCUGCUCGGUCGAUGCCUGUGCCACUGACGUCCAGGCAUGAGGUGGUUCCUGCCCUGGAUGCUGGCAGCAGUGACAGCAGCAGCCGCCAGCAGCGUCCUGGCCACGGCCCUCUCUCCAGCCCCUACAACCAUGGACUUUACCCCAGCUCCACUGGAGGACACCUCCUCACGCCCCCAAUUCUGCAAGUGGCCAUGUGAGUGCCCGCCGUCCCCACCCCGCUGCCCGCUGGGGGUCAGCCUCAUCACAGAUGGCUGUGAAUGCUGUAAGAUGUGUGCUCAGCAGCUUGGGGACAACUGCACGGAGGCUGCCAUCUGUGACCCCCACCGGGGCCUCUACUGUGACUACAGCGGGGACCGCCCGAGGUACGCAAUAGGAGUGUGUGCACAGGUGGUCGGUGUGGGCUGCGUCCUGGAUGGGGUGCGCUACAACAAUGGCCAGUCCUUCCAGCCUAACUGCAAGUACAACUGCACAUGCAUCGACGGUGCGGUGGGCUGCACACCACUGUGCCUCCGAGUGCGCCCCCCGCGUCUCUGGUGCCCCAACCCGCGGCGCGUGAGCCUACCCGGCCACUGCUGUGAGCGGUGGGUGUGUGAGGACGACGCCAGGAGGCCACGCAAGACCGCACCCCGUGACACAGGAGCCUUCGAUGCUGUGGGUGAGAUAGAGCCGUGGCACAGGAACUGCAUAGCCUACACAAGCCCCUGGAGCCCUUGUUCCACCAGCUGCGGCCUGGGGGUCUCCACUCGGAUCUCCAAUGUUAAUGCCCAGUGCUGGCCUGAGCAAGAAAGCCGCCUCUGCAACCUGCGGCCAUGCGAUGUGGACAUCCGUACACUCAUUAAGGCAGGGAAGAAGUGUCUGGCUGUGUACCAGCCAGAGGCAUCCAUGAACUUCACCCUCGCCGGCUGCAUCAGCACACGCUCCUAUCAACCCAAAUACUGUGGAGUUUGUAGGGACAGCAGGUGCUGCAUCCCCUACAAGUCCAAGACCAUCAACGUGUCUUUCCAGUGUCCUGAUGGGCUUGGCUUCUCCCGCCAGGUCCUAUGGAUUAAUGCCUGCUUCUGCAACCUGAGCUGUAGGAAUCCCAAUGACAUCUUUGCUGAUUUGGAAUCCUACCCUGACUUCUCAGAAAUUGCGAACUAGGCAGGCACAAAUCUUAGGUCUUGGAGACUGACCCAAUGCCUGUGAAGCAGUCAGCCCUAUGGUCAAUAACUUUUCACCAUUGA